AUGCUCCUUGGCCCAUUGCGACGGAGCAAAGCCCACCGUGAUGGAGCAGCAGCGGGGUGCCCUGUGGUGGCUCUUCGCAUCCGUCCCAUGAGUGCAGCCGAGCUGCAGGAGGGGGCCAAGCCCAUCGCCCACCGCGUGGACGAGCAGGUCGUGGUGCUGCGAGACCCCACGCGAGCCCCCGAUGACGUCCUGCGCGCCAGCCGCCCCCGGGAGCAGCGCUACAUCUUUGACGCAGCCUUCGACGCCUCGGCCACCCAGGAGACCGUGUACCGUGCCAGCACCCGCGGCCUCGUUGCGGGCGUCCUCUCCGGCUCCAACGCCACCGUCUUCGCCUACGGCCCCACCGGCUGCGGGAAGACCCACACCAUGCUGGGCUCUGACGGCGAGCCUGGCGUCUGUGCCCGCGCCCUGGGAGACCUCUUCCAGGCCAUCGAGGACGCCGGCGGGGACACGGAGUACGAGGUCUCCAUGUCCUACCUCGAGAUCUACAACGAGACGCUGCGGGACCUGCUGAACCCCUCGCUGGGCUACCUGGAGCUGCGGGAGGACGCCCGGGGCGCCAUCCAGGUGGCCGGCCUCACCGAGGUCUCGGCCACCAGCGCCGAGGAGGUCGUGCGGCUGCUGGCGAGGGGGAACCGGCGGCGGACGCAGGAGCCCACGGCCGCCAACAGCACGUCGUCGCGCUCCCACGCCGUGCUGCAGGUCACCGUGCGGCAGCGGCACCGCGGCACGGCGCUGCGCCGCGGGCGGCUCCUCAUGAUCGACCUGGCCGGCUCCGAGCGGGCAGCACAGACGCAGAACCGCGGGCAGAGGAUGAAGGAGGGAGCCCACAUCAACAGGUCGCUGCUGGCCCUGGGCAACUGCAUCAAGGCGCUGAGCAGCGCGAGGGGCAGCAAGUACAUCAACUACCGCGACAGCAAGCUGACCCGCCUGCUCAAGGACUCGCUGGGGGGCAAGAGCCGCACGGUGAUGAUCGCCCACAUCAGCCCCGCCAGCACCGCCUUCGAGGAGUCCCGCAGCACGCUCGCCUACGCCGACCGUGCCAAGAGCAUCCGCACCAAGGUGAGACACAACCUGCUCAGCGCCUCGUGCUGCGUGGCACAGUGUGGUGGCGCCGUGGCCGACCUGUGCAGGGACAUCCUGCACCCCGACAGCCAGCAGGACUCCGAGCCGGCGCCAGGCAAGCGCCGGGACAUCCACUACAUCCAGGGUACCCCCAGCCCCUGCUGUGCUCCCCCAGACCCACAAAGCUCGGUGCUGACGCCCCGUGUCCCCAGCCCAGGUCCGGCUGGGCCGCCUGCGGGAGGAGCUGCUCGGUGCCUGCCGCGAGCAGGCGGCCCUGCGCCAGCGCCUGCUGCAGCUGGAGGGCUCGGUGCUGCGCGCCCAGCUGGAGGCAUCCCGGCACCUCCUCGCCCUCUCCCGCUGGGAGCAGAGGGCACGGCAGUGGGGCAAGGAGGGGCAGAGGGAGCCGGAUGGUCCCGGCGAGACCCAGAGGAACUCGGACAUGGGGGACGAGAAGUCAGAUGCACCAGGACCGCCCGACGUGGCCGUGGCACGUGA